GUCAGUGUCAGUCUCAUCCCCCUCCCGCAAGAGCGGGGUCAAGACAGAGAAGCCCACAGUGCUCUCGUUCGUUCCUGGUAUGCCUGUGUGGGUCCCAGACGGUCAAGAGGCAUGGAAGCCAGGACAAAUAGUCGAUGUAGUGCCAAAUGCAGAGCGAAAGUCAUCUGAUCUGAGGUCGCUCACGAGUCGAAGCAGUGCUGAUAGCUUGUUGGGAGUUAUGAAGAAGGAUAUCGUAAACUGCAGAUUCAGACUCAGUCGCGAAUAUGAUGAACAAAAUGUAGAAGUAUGUUGUGGUGUAACACUGUGGGUACUAGAUGUAGUUUUUAGGCGAUCGUACUAACGUAAGAAUUAGGUUUGUCGUUAUUGCUUCUAAUCUCACGAGAACAAGUGCUGGCUCAAAGACAUCACUACUGGACCAGGGCUCGGAAUGCAAGGAAAUCGUGACGCUUCGGUGUGAUGGUGUGGUGCGGGACCUGAAUACGGUGGACCAACAAGCAGCUUUGAGAAUCCGCGAAGCAGCUGCCAUGAAAAAUAAGGCUAGAUAAGACUUUGAUAAUCUUCGUUUUAAACGAAGAAGUCUGAUGUAUCAAUCUACGAAAGGUUUCGUACGUGAUCCUGUGCCUCCAGUUGAUGAUCAUGAUACUAGCCGUUUAUAACUGAAAAAACGUUCUUCAAUCUAUCUGGUUGAAACAAAUCACCUUUCUUCGUUUAUAAUCUAUCUUGUUGAAACAAAAAAAGCGUUCAAUCUAUCUGGUUGAAACAAAUCACCUUUCUAAUAAUUCUCGUGGUGUAGAUGCUGGGGAUGACUUAGAUGCAUUACCGUUCCUGCACGAACCCAGUGUGCUUCAGGCCCUCCAGGCGCGGUUUUUGCUUGAUCGCGGCUACACCCGACUUGGUCCCGUGAUGCUUUCUUGUCUCACUGCAGGAGCUGCCACCGAAACCAAUAAUGGUGGGUCCGCCGCGUCAGUUAGCCAAACGCCUCUCGGAAAGAUGAACAGCGGUCUCAAGUCCGGGAUGAAACAAGGCAGCACGAAGUUUGCGGCCUCAUCAUCCUCUAGUUCCUCCAUCUACAGCAAAGCACAGGAGUACAUCCGCGAAAACGCGCGGAUAGUAGAGAACACCACGCCGCACAUCUGCGGUCUCGCAAUGGACUCGUUUUACGCUAUGUAUAACAAGGGACGAAGCCAAAUCGUGCUGAUCACAGGAGAGAGCGGCAGCGGAAAAAGCUACAACGCAGAAGCAGUGCUGAAGUGUCUCACGUACUUGAAGGAAGAUAGGAAUCAAGAGAGCAAGGUUUCGGCAGCUUUGAAUGCAGUAGAGCCAUUGUUGAGGGCUUUUGGGAACGCGCACACAGUGCGAAAUCGAGACAGCAGCUGCUAUGGUCGAUUGACGGAGUUGUUCUAUCCGAUGAGCAUAUGGCAAUGUUGAGUCAAAAAGUUGUGGCUACCUCCUAUCGUCCCAAUCGUAGUUGUUCCUAACAAUUUGUACAGAUUCUGGCACAAUCGAUUCCAAUCUCAAGUAGUUUCACUUCCAGUUUGCAAUUGUACUAGAUUCAUGCAUGAUCACUACCUAGCAGUGAGUUCUUGUCGUGUUGAUGAAGAUGAAAAAGAUUCAGAUCGACAUAUACCCCUCUUUCAUACCACAAUCGAGGAAACUUGCAGGCUGGGCGACUCGAGACUUUUCUCUUGCAGAAAGGCCGCAUCUCAGAUCUGAACCAAAGCGAACGAAAUUUCCACAUCUUCUACCAAUAUGCAGCGGCUCUACAUUUCUGUGGGAAGCAAGCGAAACAAGCUGCUUUUGGCGACGUCAAGGAUACUAUGAACGACGACCCGGAACAAGAUCUCCCUGUCGGUGGCUCCGCACAGUCCCUAGGUGUCGGUGGGAAGACACGCUAUGAGUACGUCUUUCGACCAGAUGGCGGACCCAACGCGACCACCUACCACUUCAUUCCGUUCGAGGGUGCGUCUACGGGAGUAGUACCAAAGAUGCUCUCUGGAGGAGGCAUCGCGCAUGAUCCAGAUGACUUCCCGAACUUCGAUGCAACUCUUCAUGCGUUCUGCAAUUUAGGUGUGCCAGUCGAAGAACAAGAAGAAAUCUUCAACCUCUUGACCGCGAUCUUGCUACUCAGCUGCGUCUCAACCGCAAAUGCGAAUGCGAGGGAUCCAAGUGCAAGUAGUUAGACUUACACAUUUUUUCUAGUAUCGAGUCUCCUUCAUAGUUGCUGGUUUUGGGAAAUGCAUAUCCAAGAUGAAACUGAAGUAGAUGAAUCUCUAUCCUUCGCCAGUGAGCUAAUCAACAUUUGUUCACAAUCCUCACACCGCUUCUUAGGCCGCUCAUCUUCUCGCGUUGCGAAGAUUGAGGAGAGUGCAAAGAAUGUCCGAAUUGCCGUACUGGCUAAGAUUCUGGGAGUCUCAGACGAAGCUCGUUUGCGUCAGAUUUGCGAGAAUUCUGAUGCCGUUGACUCUCUCUCACGAUUGCUCUAUGGACAAGUCUUCAAGUACAUCGUGCACCGGUGCAACGACGCUUUGAGCGCGAGUUUGCAAGAGGACGCGUUGAGCAAUGUUAAGGCUACACUUACACUUAGAAAAUAUCAGAAACUGAAACGCACUAACACAAGAAACACUAUCUUGCAUAUGGGUAUGGUAUAUGAUUAGAAAUCUCCUCAGUAAAUAUAAAUAAGGAUGCAGUGGUUUUUAUGCUAGCCUCUACCACCUCUAACAAUGCCAGCGAAUUCGCCUCCGUCAGCGUCCUAGACAUGUUUGGAUUCGGGAGCUAUCGUAAGAAUGGAUUCGAGCAACUCUGCACCAACUACGCGAACGAGGUGAUGCGCAAAUACAUCUUUUCUGACGUCAGAACUUGGACUUCAGCAACGUAUUCGUCAACCACCGGACAACAAAUUCAAGGCCAACAACAAGGUGUGUUGAACAACCUGUCGCAAGCACAGCUAGACAGCGUGAACGAGAACCAUGACGCGGUAGUCAGUCUGAUUCGGACCGGAAUCUUCCCUCUGUUAAGGCUUACCCUAAUUCAUCUUCCGCAGCAUCCUGAAGAGGGUCGUCUUCAUGGAGAAAAAGGGAACAGGGUGCUUCUCAAGAAGGAUUAGAGUGAGUUCUAACUAUGUUGGAAAGCGUGGCGAAGACGGCACCUCCGGAUGACGUGUCUUUGGGUCUGUUUUCUAGACAAUUGGACCAGCAGUUUUGCUCGAGAGUGCGGUCGUCUUUUGGUGCUGGUAAGAAUCCGCGGUUUCUGGAGAAGCGAAAUCUGUCUGACAGUUUCGCAAUUAGACACUUCACGUCGGAUGUUACCUACACGGUCUCAAGCUUCGCGCACAAGAAUUCCGACCCCUAUCUACCAGAGCUCGUUGCGUUCCUUCGUGAGCAGAACAACGUCACAGAAGCAGCCUCGUCUCCGUUCUCACGAAAGAGCAAGAACGCUGAUGGUGCUGCCAAGACGCGCACUUCGCGCAUCGCCACUGGCCCGAACCACUUUUUGCAGACGCUGUUGCGCGAUAAAACUCUGGUCGAAACAGAGUCUAAAAACCUACGAUCUCAACUAGACCGCGUCAUGGCUCUCGUAGAUGCAGGUGAGCGUCAUUUUUGCGUGUGCCUGCGACCCAACGGCAAGAGUGUCCCCGACUUUUACCACCGCAACUACGUUGCAGAUCAGCUUCGCAUGCAAGGCGUGAUGGAGAUAGUGGAUUUGCAACGCAGUGUUCUCCCAGUACGGUUGGACGUGAAGGAGUUUCUAUUAAGGCUCAACUUUCAAUGGUCACCAUAAUUUAGAUUGGAGUCACUGAGAUCGAAGAGGCGACCUCCCCUUGAGAGUAGAACAGCGGAACUUAAUGAAGUAGGGAAAGGGGAGAGCUUUGAAGGGGGUCUCUUCCGUUCAGAGUCAUGAUGGCCAAUGAAUGCUGAGCUUUAAUUCUAGUAGAGUUUGGAGGUUUGAAAACCUACAUGGUCGAGUUCGGUCAACGGCCAAAUGUCAACGACUCUCAGGGUGGUGGAAACAGGGGUUCGAAAAUGCUAGCGUCAUCGUCCAAGAAUGGAGGCAAUGCGAAAGGCAAGGUGAGUCUAGCGAAGCAAGCGUCAGGUGCUGGACCGAGAGGCAUCUUGAGGAGGGGUAGCACCGCAGCUAACAGCGUUAUGUCAGCAGUGUCUUUGACGACAGGUUUGGCACGUAGUGGCGCGUCGCAAGUGGCACCUCCAAGUCCCGCAGAGGAGCUAUUGUUCACAAUCGCGGAAGCAAAUUCUGCGGUCGAAGAACUGGUCGGGACGAACAAAGAUGGGUCAGACGCUUAUGAUUUUUACACAGGAGCCACUACUCCUUGAACAUUAUACAUAGAUAAUUGUUGAUAGUUACCCUUUUCUCUUUUAUAUCUUCCUCUGGUCUGUCUUUUUUCUAGUUAGGUCGGCUCCGCCACAGUUAUAGAUAAUGAGUCUCUUUGUAAGACAUCAAAGAGAAAGACUUACUGACAGAGACACCUGAAUGUUGUACCGCGAUAAGUUGUUCCUCCAUAACAAUGUCACGUGGGCUCAUCUUUCUGUUUUGUCACCAUUCCUCCUCUACUAACCCUUCCAGCAGCACUACCGAGUCGUCACUACAACUCAGCAUGUUGGCAGCGCUGUCCGCAAAUCCGGUGCCAUCCUCUUGUCAGAGGAGCUAUACCUCGCCUUAAAGCAGACGCAGUACGACGCUCAAAAUGCGAAUGCUACGCGACUCUCCGCUGCUUACCGGCAGUUCCUGACCAAGCGUCGCUACGAUCAUAUUCGAGCCUCAACCGUGAAGUUGCAGAGAUGGAUGCGGGAUUUUCUGUCGCUGAAAACGAAGCGAAAGUUCCAAUCUCUGAUAGGAAUGUUGCGUACUGGAGACGGCAAGAAAGUCAAGUUUCCGUUUGCUUUGGUACUCACUUCUGUUGCUUCUAUGAACCGCUAUAUUAAGUUGUAGUUGGAGCAAAUAUAUCACAAUUACGUUGUACAAUUUCAAUUUGAAGAUCGUCUGGUGAUGUAUCUCACGAAUCUAUCUAGAGUAUCGUAGCUACAUCAAAGCUUUCCUAUCCACCUCCACCAAUCUCUGUACAACUUCAGCCUAAUUCCGCCCUGAUGGCAGCAGGCAAGUCAGGAGGAAGCACAGCUGUUCCUAGUGACACAGAUGCAGAGGUGGAGAGACACGUAAAGGAAAUCGCCGAUGAACGUGCACGUAUGCAACAGCAGCAGAUGGAUCUGAUGCACGCUUUGCAUAAGUCAAGAGCCGCCAAAGCAGAGGGUGAAAGCGCAGGACCCGACAACGGUUCGAUGAUGUACUAUAGUGAGCCACGUCGAGGUAGCAACAACAUGAUGUUCUACAACAAUUACAGUGGAGGCUCUACUAGAAUUAAGGCUUCUUCUCCUAAUAGAUUCAUUUCCAGAUCCAGAAGCAUCUUAGGGCUGUCAGUCUCAUAUUAAGGGGAAACCGGUACUAAGAUGAGUCUCAGGAUGGAUUGGACGGGGCUCUAAUAGAAGUUCCGGCGAGGAAACAGUAACGCCACGUAGUCGAAGUGGUCCGAUAUCUUUGGAUCUGGUGCCAUUGGAUUUUCCAUCUGCUACGUCGUCGAAGUCGUCCCUUAUUUCCUCUAGUAGGAGUCACUACAGUGGAGGUUCUGGCUCAUCUGUAUGGAUGAUGUUUUUUGCAUCUCUCAGACCAUCGAGGAGGCUCCACCCCUUAUAAUGCUACAUAUGAAUACCUUAAUACGUUUUUAAGGGGAAAAGGGUUGCCUCCAUGGAGAUGGUCUGGCUAGAUGGAUGAAUAGACACCAUUCAUAAUCUGCGAGAAGAAGAAUGACGAAUGGCGCUCCUGGGACGUUUCAGUUCUACCUCGAUGGAGACGACAUCGUCGAUACGGGAGACAACAAGAACAAUAGCACCAACGCGCAGCUUAGUGCACUUUUUGCUGCACAACAAGCAGUUUCCGACUGCAUCAAGGCAUCCAAGGAUAGCAAACUGCAGAGCAACUGGGACAAACUGCAGAUUAGCCUGAAGGAUCUAGCCAGACAGGUGGAAGAAGGUCCCAUGAAGUCGCAGUACAUCAUAGAAAGGCGAGAAAGGGAAUUGCGACACAUAAUGUAUAACGAGCGCCAAGGAAUGCUCGAACUCGUCAGAAGAAAACUGGGGAACCUGGUGAAUUUGAAUCCCAUGUUAUGGAUGUAUAUUAAUGGAUGAAACUUUGUUGUUGGUUGUGAUAAUGAAUGGUUCCGGUAUUUGGUAACCUGAGUUUGAUCAUAAGGGAAAACAAGAAGAGAACCCUUAUGAUCAAAUUCAGGUUACCAAAUACCGGAACCAUACAGAUAAAAAGUAGUUAUCUAUCCUGUUUCAGGACGCGGCUAGUAAGAACUUCUAGAACAGUAAAGCGAGUAUAUUAACCGGGAGACAAGUCAAUUGUAGCUGCGAUGAACAUACCGAGAAGGAAGAAUAUGUUUCGCUUGGACCGCUUCAGGAACUAAUCCUUGCCCUGCUCAAUCAAUAGAAGCAGUCUAGUCUUUUCGUCAUUCUUCUCAUAAUACAUACAGAAGUAGAAAAAUCGUCUCAUUGUCCAGCACCUCUAAUUUCCGAAGCCGCUAGACGAGCACGACAGGGCAUAACCAAUGUAGACCUCGAGUUUAGCAUUGAUCAGCUGAAGCGCCAAGUGAGGGAGUCGGUCGAAGGCGUUUCGGAGGAAGAGCGCAAAAAACUGAAUAGCGGUGAAGAAAUUAUGACUUCUGAUACUGAAGACAGACUUCAUAGAGGGGGGAUGAAGACUGAUAGUAGUGAAGAGGACUGAUACUAUUUUGAAUUGGAUGAAUUUGAAUGAUUAUAGAGUUCCACACGACAGAAUUCAUAUUUUUUAUAACAAGAGACCACUGUAGCAACUUCUAACUACUUAUGAUAUUGUAUUCAUUUUCCUCUAUUUACAACUCGUCAAUGAAUUUAUUCAAUAGGUUCCCUUUCUCUAAGGAAUUGUUUGAAAACUUCGAUUUCGCUGCGCUUAGCCCGAUAUGGACAGAACGGUUAGUCAGAAAUCUGCGUAAGAUCAAGAAGCCCGUUGACGUCCUCAUCCUGGGACCGAAAAACGUUGGCAAAACUGAGCUUGUGCGUCGUAUGUAUCACAAAUGCGACUUGAAGCUGCCAGCGGCAUUCAUAGGUAUAAAAAUAAAUAUUAACUUUUAAAAAGAGUUAUAAUAUAUGAUCUUCCCAAGUUUUUCUUUUCUGUUUUCAACAUAAUUCCUCGAAGAGGAAGAUAAAAAUACUAUUAUAAUGUCCUCUUCCUCCUCGAUCAGAUCCGAAAACCAGCGAAGAGAUGGUCUUCGCUACUCUCGGAGGGCGUGAGGGUAAGGCGCCAGGCCGUGAGGACCCGGAACACUUGUUGCCGGAUAUCCUGCGCCACGACUUCGAUUUCGGAGGCAAUUUCUACUUACGUGUCUUAGAUUGUCACGCGAGACUGUCGGAGUCUUCGCUCUACCGCAACUUGUACCACCAGGCGCAUUGGGUUUUCAUCGUGUACACGGUAACUAGGCAGGAAACAGUCCAACAAGCUUUGGCACUGUUGCGAGAAGCGAAAAAAUUCAACAACAACGUGUUGCUUGUGGGCAAUCUCAUCUACGAGGCGGAGACGGUCAAGGCCACAACGCGCAAUGUGUCUCGCAGAGUAGCGGCCGAGCCCCGCGAAGUGAACCUGAACUACGUCAAGGCGCGCGCCGACAAGCACAAGGGGAUUGUCAUGGAAACCAGUGACUUGUUGGUGGCCACAAAGUUAGCGGUAGAGUCGAUGAUGGCACCUUCGGAAGUGGUUAAGUAUGUGCCUGCCUGGAAAGACGCCGCGCACAUAACUGGUGACAAACUGCCGAUUGGGUUGAGGCGAGCAGAACAUCGUAAAGUGGAAGACGAACUGAAGAAAGAAGUCAGGGAUCGAUUGAAGGGAGUAAUUGAAACUUUCCUUGGUCUUUGUGUAUGUACUUAUCAUAAACAUGCUGAGACGUAGAAGAAGCUCCUAUGCACUAUCUAAAAACACGAUAGAAGAUGAAAUGAAUCAAGGACAAAGCCUAGGUAGAACAACUUCUAAAGUCUAAGUUAUAUUGAAGUUUAGUUAUUGAAAACAAUAUUAAAAACACGACCCCCUCCACCACCGCCUCCUCUUUCUUCUUCAGGUUGUUGAUACCGCCAAGCCAUCGCUAGCUGAGCACGAAGCCGAGAGCAGCUAUGUGAAGUAUCCGCUAGCAGAGCAAUACGAUUACAACUUCUUGACUCUGAUCGACCCAAAAGAGGACAUAGCGCACAAGGAAUUGCUGACAAAGGCGAGAUUUUAAGGCAAGAAAAAUUAGCGGGCCGCGUACUAUUAACGCAUAUUAAGUGGGUCGUAGUUCUAGUUGUUGUUGACCUAGUGUACUAAGUUAUCUUCUUUUCCUUGAAGCUCUUCUUGUUGAUGUAGGUAAAGGUAAAUUGAAAUUGACGUACAAUAUUUAUUUAGUGAUGUGUCUAAAAGCCCGACUAGUAGUGACGUAUAAUAUUUAUGUAGUGACGUAUUAUAAUAUUUAUGCCUAAAAGCCCGACUAAUCGAUCGUAGGGUUUGGCCGUUGUGACACGGUCUUCUUGCUCCCCCGGUAUGUAAGUUGUUAAAUGAGGUUAUUUAAGUAGUUGAAUGGGAGGCAGCAUGUAGUCCUAUGGAAAAAAAAAAAAAUCGGGCCGCCUAUGGAAAAAAAAAAAUGUGCUUCAGGAUUCUCGCAGGGUAAUUAAAUGUUCGUAUGGCGAGGAAUAUAGACCCAGGUCCCAAAAAAAAAAGGCCGCCGACGUCGCCCAAUGAAUGAAUGAGUGUCUUCUUCAGUACUGUAAGCAUGGCACUCACGACAUGUGCUUGCUCUAAUAGCAAGUAGGCGAGAAAGCGAGACAAGGCACCGCACCCGACCCGAAGGUCAUGGGAGGAUCACAUCGGGAAGGGGAAAAACCCGACGGGGAGGAAGAUGAGGCUCCUGAAAGUGGUGGAGGUUAUGGAUUUCAAGGAGUACAUUAAUAUAAAUUAGACUACAGAUUUUUCACAUGAUUUCACGACGUGAUGUUCAAUAGAGGAAGAAGUAGAACCGGUAUGUCUAUUCGUUUUUUAUGUCGUCUUGGCGCAUUUGCAACUACACGUUCUUGAGUCUAUCGAUCCCUAGUAACCCACUUCAACUAGUCGACGAGUACUUAAGUAGUACAUCUUCUAACUCUCCAUGGUCCUUAAAACCGAAGGCAUGCAGGUGUACGCAGGCGAUGAGUAUUUGACUGAACGAGUGAAUUACCAUGAUGACGGAGAAGGGAGGAUAACCGUGGGCAAAGAAGAUGAAAAUCAAGAGACAGACUACGAAGCUGGUCGAGAUCGAGAUUUAGUCUUGAUCGAAAAGCGAAAACCGAAGGCACCAAGUGCAAUUACAUGUGUAUGCUUCGGAAUGGAGAAUCGAGUGAAGCCCUUCUCCUACCUCGUAGCUGGCUACAAAGACGGACACAUCGCUCUGUAUCGGAUCUAUCAUACGGAAACCGAUUACGAAUUGAUCCACAUGGCCAGCGAAGAGGAGGUAUUCUUCAAUUGUAGAGGUGCUGAUGUUGAGCUAGUACACCUCUUUCCUCUAUUAGAAAUUUUUUUUUCAAUUGUGGAGGUGCUGAUGUUGAGCUAUACACCUCUUUCCUCUAUUAGAAAAUUUUUUUUCCAAUUGUGGAGGUGCAGCUGAUGUUGAGCUAGUACACCUCUUUCCUCUAUUAGAAAAUAAAGCGAAAAGAAGCUGCAGGGAGGGGUACGGGCGGUAGGGUCAACAACAACAUAUUAUAGUAUUAAGAAAGUGUAUUCGUAUUCCUCUUUCGAAUCGUAGUCACGACUUUUCGUUCAUUCAUUAAUAACUCAUAAGCAUAAAAACCGACAUUCACAACCAAACAACAGGUCGGUGUCGAGGAAAGUACCGAGUACAUGAAGCUAGUCCAGAUGAUGAAGAAGGAACUCAAGAGCAAGAACGCUGGAAAGUUAGAACAUGUCGCCACGUGGAAAGCACAUCAGAGAGCAGUAACCAACGUUGUUUUCACAACAACAGAACAAAAGUUGAUCUCCAUUUCCACGGACAAAACGAUGCGUCUGUGGAAUCUAGAGGUAGAACACGGGCAUUUCGUCCAACACGGACAUCCGAAGCUGCACUACGUAGUCGAAGACGCGUACCCGAUCAGUGCUGUGUGCACAGUGCCAGCGUUUCCACAACUGUACAUACUGGCCAAUGCCGCUGGAGGCAUCCGUGUGGGCGACUACGUCGAAGGAAAGAUCAUACAGAAUUAUGGCACAGCGGUCGUAUUAAUGUUUUUACCGCUCAAGAACACUCUCUUGAUGAACAUUGACAUUCUUAGGUAGCGUUCUAUUCCUGAUGAAGAACUUUUUAACUAAGGAAGUUGCACGUCGUGGGAAGUAGUCGCGUAUAACUAUAACAUUUUAUCCUGAAGUUUCUAAUCUGAGUUCUCGCACAUCGAGGAAGUCCGAUGUUUGGCGAUCGACCGACGAAACGGCAACUACAUGUUUGGAGGCACGAAGUUUGGCGAAGUAUUCGUGAUUGAUUGCGAACGACCAGGUGACUUUAAGUUCCUGCCUAAUUUGAGCAUCCGAAUCAACCAAACCUGGAUGGCGGCGACUGAUAUGCGCUUUGGGUCUUUGGUGACCCUCAAUACGACGGAUAAACUUCAGUUAAGGCUGCUUUUACUUGUAACUAGACAUCCUUUAAAAGUAAGUAGUUUUCACUGAAUUAUAUCGUGCCUGAAGGAAGAAAUCUAGGACAAGGUCAAGGACAAACAACGUGUCGUGCAUACUACUUUUCAAGUAGAUCAAUCAUCUUCAUCUCGACCUCGUCCUUUAUUCCAUAGCUCUAAUCCGACCCAACAAGCCAAUGGCCAUGGAUGCUGCCCACAUAUCGUACCAGGAUCUGCUUGUCGUCAACUGCGCUGACAAUUCAGUCGUCACGUGUCAGGUGACCUAUGAGUCACGACUGAACCGCAUCCUGACGUUUACCGUUCUCCAUCGCUACCCGAACCUGCAAACAGUACUUCCUCUUCGCAGUUGUAUCAGUUCACACGGUUACGUGAUCACAGCCGGUGAAGAUCGACAUGUGCAUGUGCACACAAUCCACGACCCAAAGCACGUCUGCUCUCUGCUUCACGACGAGCCUUGUAUCGCGGUCGACUUGAACCGAUCGCACACGAUUCUUGCUAGUGGCGACGUACUAGGUAACCUCUACGUGUGGCGUUGCUAUUCUCGACAGGGAACCAGUUACGUGACUAGCGAACGCAUGUUUGGGUCGGGUAUGGAGGAAGAGCCUGAUUCUGGUUCUGGAGGACCUGCUUCUGGUGGCUCAGCAGACGGAGAAGGUGCAAAAAAGAAACUAGAGAAGAAAAUGAGCACACAAGGCUCCUUUGGCGGAGGAGGCGGCAAAACGUCAUCCAAAAGCGGUAGUAGUUCCGCGAGCUCAUCCUUAUGGCUUAUAGAGAAGUACUCAAUACCGCGAUCGACGGUCCAUUUCGCGUUCACUUUGUUAUAGAGGAGUAAAUACUUAGUUCUGAGAACAAAGUGUAAAGAUUUUGGUCUUCUUCGGUUUCCAACGUACUUAGUAUUGAAAUGAUAAUUUGAUUAUCUUGUUCCCUACUUCUACAACGAGUGGAACUCAAGGAGUCCACCUAGACCUACUGUCUGAAGAGUGAUGCGAACCAUUACCAUUAGAUAACUUCGAUGUAGGUAAUAUGAUUCACAUCAGCUGCCCAGUGUGUGAUACAUUCAUUAUACUAGUUGAAGGACUAGUACCUUCUGAUGUAGUACCUCCCCAUACUCGUUGAAGGACUAGUACCUUCUGAUGUAGUACCUCCUCUAACACUCGCAAGCGAAGGACCAGGAGCAGGAUAUGGCGGUGGAAUGGGCAACAAAGGUGAUGCCAUGCGAUCCGUGAUGCCUGGCUUUGGCGGAGGAGGAGGAAAUAGCUCUUCCGAUUAUGAGGAAGUAUAGGUGUCUGUCGUGAUACCGCUUAGAAGUUAAGUAUGUGAGCAUGUUGAUCAGUACGUAGUUUUGCUAGAAGUACUGAGGAUACAUCCUAGAAGUAUGUCUUCGUAAAAAGGGUAAUAAAAGAGAUGAAAAUCGAGAUCGAUCAUCAAUGCAAUUCGAGAAAAACGAGAACAAUAUCCAAAGCAGAACUAUCAGUAUGAGUUGUUUGUUUCUUUGAAUACUAUCGAGUAUAGACUAAUUUUAGCAUAAAGAUUUAUCAGUUAGACAGUCUUCAUCCAGCGUGAAGAAAGACGAGAAGCAUCAUCACGAUCUAUAAUUGAGUCUAGUGAUGAUCGACCUGCAUGCCGCAACAAGUACUAUUACUUACAGAACUAGAGUAGGUCUGCAAGUGCAUGAUGAAUAAGUGUCUGCUUCCACAGUCUAUCAUGGACAAAUUACCGUUAUCGGAAGUCAUAUUUCUUGCAAAUCGUCGUUAUCAGAAUUCAUAUUGUUCCUUGCAUUAACAACUACAAAACGAAAUAUAUACUAAUCUUCACGACGAAAUCUUCUCAAUAUGAAAUGUUCCUUUCUGCUAAUCCAACCUCGAUUGAAAAUAACCAUAAGUAGUCACUAACAAGAGAAUGAAGUCGCGAUGACAGGUAGAUAUAGUUAUCGCAAUGUGAGUUAAAGAACAAGACAGCUGCUAUAGAAGUGCUCAAGUAUGAAAGAGCGCUGCACUCUGAUGUUUGUACAGAAUGAACGGUGCUAGGUUCUUCGAAGAAGAACGAUUUUGCUAUUGAGUACAAACUACGAACUAUUCACGUCAAAAUCUUCGAAAUUUAGUUGACAAAAAGAGCCGUUAUCAGAAAAGUUUGUCGAAGCUAGUGUAUCUGCCUCUUCCAACAUUCAUCGUCUAUGUCUAACAAAACCGUACUGAAACAACGCAAAUUUGUACAAUACUAUUCAUUUCGUGCUUGUGUAUCGUUGUAUGUAAUCCACUGUUGGGUAAAUUUUGGUCGUAGCUAUAGCAAGAAAUGAAUAUUCAUCGACAUCAUGAAGGGAAAAAUGCGAGGACAACAUCGUGACGGUAAGGAUUUUUAAAUGAAAGUGCGCCUGGUAAGAAAAGACUGAGAAACUACAACAGUGGCGUUGUGUUCGUUGAAGCAGAUUCAGAAGCCGCUUGUGCGUCUUGAAACAGUUGUACUGCGUCUGCCACAUCGGAUGGUAGGCCCCAACCUAACCUAACCUGUACAGUGGUCGCGUGCCAUCCGGUUGUCAAUGUACAAGCCAGUUGAUCCUACAACUAAAAUAUUCAAAA